CUGGGUAGACGGACUUCACAGGGACGAACUGACGACAGGAAGGAUACGUAACGGAUAAAAAACACACGAUUUCGACAUUUAAAAAAAUACAUAACAGACCAAGAUCCGUCCAGAGAGUAAGGGGAGGAACAGUUAGGCAGGUGUGCCUUAAACGCGACAUUUACCUUCACAUUUAAACAUGCCUUCGGAAAAGACAUUUAAACAAAGGAGGACAUUUGAGCAGCGGGUGGAGGAUGUUCGGCUGAUCCGAGAGCAGCAUCCCAACAAGAUCCCGGUGAUUAUUGAGAGAUACAAGGGAGAGAAGCAACUGCCAAUUCUGGACAAAACAAAGUUUUUAGUCCCUGACCAUGUGAACAUGAGCGAACUUAUUAAGAUAAUCAGGAGACGCCUCCAGCUCAACUCAAACCAGGCUUUCUUCCUGCUUGUUAACGGUCACAGCAUGGUUUCUGUGUCCACCGCCAUUUCCGAGGUCUACGAGCGCGAGAGAGACGAAGAUGGCUUCCUGUACAUGGUCUACGCCUCCCAGGAGACAUUUGGAACUGCGUAAAACGGCACACGAUUGGCUUUCGGUCUCGGACAGUGAUACAGCUUACCCUGAUCCCUUACAACCUCUCCCCUAAAUCCAACCCCUCUCCUUUUCCCCAACUCCCAAUAGGACUUAAGGAACCAGCUGAACUUCCAGUCCUUUUGGCUCAAAUCCCUCAACCAAUCCUAAUUGUUACCCAAAGCGAAAUCCUAAAUUCCAUAAAAUUGUUUUAGAUCUGUA